AUGCCAAUCAUUCAUGCUGAUGUAUGCUUAUUCGAUUUAGACGGUACACUCGUCGAUACCCAAUACGCUUCUGACUGUGCUUGGUCCAACUUUUGUAAUCGUCAUAAGGUGGAUCCUAGUGAAAUUAUGAACUCUUCAGGACCUGGGAUCACUGGUGAAUUCAUAAGAAAACACUUUCCUUCACUGGAAUUGGGAAGUGAUGAGGCUGUUCAGGAAUUAGAGUAUUCGGUUGCUUAUGAUUACCUUGAUUCCGUGAGAUUAAUUCCAGGUGCCAAGAAACUGUUAAUAGAUCUGAAUACAAACAGUUUAACUAAGAAUAAAUUCAUCAAACCAAGAUGGGCUGUCGUCACAUCAGGCUCACCUUAUUUGGCUCACAUGUGGUUUAGAACCAUUCUUAGAGAAGUGGGAACACCAGAAGUUUUCAUUACAGCAUCGGAUGUGACUAAGGAUAAACCAGAUCCUGAAGGUUAUAGAAAGGCAUGUUUUGAACUUUGUAACCUUUGGGAUAGUUCCAUGAAGGAUGCCAAGAAGGUUGUUUUUGAAGAUUCCCCUCAAGGUAUAAAAGCUGGUAAAGGCGUUGGUGCUACUGUGAUAGCGGUCACAACAACUUUUGAAAAAUUCAAACUGUAUGAAGCUGGUGCUGAUUAUGUAGUGUCAGAUUUGACGGGUGUCCAUGUUAAAAAGAAUACUUUUACUGGCUCAAUUAUCUUGGAUGUCCAAGACCCUUUGAUCAACCAAUCUAAUUAA